UUAACUAAAAAUGAAAGAAACGUUGGACAGCCAUGGAAGCCACAGGAAUUUCCUGCCAAAAGCAAAAGUGCUGAAAACAAGGAGAGCCAAGAUCCAUUGGUGGAAAAGGACCCUAUUUUUGGGGCUGUACAAGAACAACCAAAUGGAGAUGUGGUCUUACCUGCAGGGAUGCUUGAAACAAUUGAAAAGAGUUUCAAAAAACUAUCUGAAAGUACGUACUGAAGACUAAGUUAACAAGUAUUUUUGUAAAAAGCACAUGUGUAAAAUUUCUCCAGUAUGCAUUCUUUUAAUACAAUCAAAAUAGUUUAGCCCUUAACAUGUAUUACAUGGGUUUACUCGUGUCUAAUGACACUACAGUUAAAUAUUCAUGUACAUAAUUAUUAAAUGGUUUAAUAUUUUAUCAAUAAUAGUCUUUCCCAUGAUCACAUAUCUUUUUUACUUAUAUACAGGAUGCAACUUGAAAAAGGAAGUACAUUUAUUGAAAGCCAGCAUGUACAGUAACUUCAUUGUGAAGAAGGAAAAGCCCAUCUAUGACCCAACCAAAUUUAAAGCCUUUUGCAAGUCUGUUGGUUCCACCUAUAAUUUUUACCACAUUAUGGCUGCUGUAACUGACAAAAGGCAUUCUCCCAAUAAAAUUUUGCUGAACGAACUAAGAACGGCAACAAUAAUAUAUAAAAUGUGCUAUUCACUAAGUCAGCAGUGUAAUGCUAUGCAAAUUGACCAGUCAUUGUACCUUGAUUCUAGUAACAUAAACAAAGAAGGGAUUGAAACACAGCAUCAACUUGGGGACACAUGUAGCAUAAAAACAACAGAUCGAGUAAUGACUGUUUUAGCAGAACAACACUAUAUGUGCAACAAAAAAUGA